UGAUGCACACAAAUGCGUUUUGCGCAAGAAACUGUUUGUCUAUUCAAUAGUCCAAGCAUUCAAUUUCUCUCUUUAACCUCUACGUUUCUCUUCAAUUAAAUUCAGGCCAUCAGCAGAAAUACUUUUCUUUGAUUCCCUUUCAGAAUCUUUUUACUUUUCACCAAUUAACAUUUAUAAAUCAUUCAUGUUUGUAGCAGUUGUUUGCUGUAUAUAAUCCAGUAUUUUGUGAUAAUUGAUACUAUUCAAAAUUUUGAAUACUGAUGGGUGCUUGUAAGCGUGUGAUUCAAUUUGGCAUCAAUUCUGGGAUUAACUCCGCCAGAUUGCUAGGAAUCAAUGCGGCAAGAGAUUCUACAGUAAACGCUCUCAAAUUGACUGGAAAUUCUGUCAGUUCAUUUAGUUCGUUAUCCUCAAGUCUGCCUGGAUACCAAUUUGACUAUAGACAGAUCUCUCAGCUCGUCAAGCCCAAGGGAAAGCGUGUUUAUCUUGUUGAUACGCUGGCACUGGUUAGAAGUUUAGAAGCAAAAGGCAUACCUUCAAAACAUGCUGAGGCGAUAACAUUGGCAAUGACUGAGGUUUUGGAUGAGUGUAUGGAGAAUAUUUCACAAUCUCUCAUUUCAAAAGCUGAGAUGCAGAAAAUUAAGAUGGGUCAAGAAGCCAACCUUUCUAGGUUUCAGUCUGAAGUUCAAGGUUCCCAGGAACGUCAUUUUUCUUUGUUGCAACGUGAAGCUGAAAAGCUCAUGAAUGAUAUUCAGAAAAUGCGUGGAGAACUGAGGUAUGAGAUUGACAAGGUCACUGCCGGCCAGCGCUUGGAUUUGAAUCUUGAAAGGGGUCGCAUCCGAGAUGAGCUUUCCAAUCAGAGUGCAGAAACUACGAACCUUACUAACAAGCUAGAUGGAGAAAUUCACGCAUUGCGGGCUCAUGUUGAAGCAGCAAAGAACGACGUGAUCAAAUAUUGUAUAGGAACCCUUUUAUCUAUAUCUGCCGUUGGUAUUGGAAUGAUUCGCGUUUUUAGCGCCAAAUGAGGCAGUGUGUAGGUGUCCGAAUAUUGGAGGAAUUAAGACACCCAUAAUUAUUUUUUGGAUUUGCAGAAGCCAGUUAUUUCUUCAUUUUUGAAUGAUUAUUCUUUUGCCUA